AUGACUGAUUCAAAGUAUAAACACCUGACCGACACAGAAGCCCAGCACUUUCUGGAGCACGGCUGGGUCCGCAUUCCGAAUGCCAUCGAUCCCCAGUACUUCUCUUGGCUGGACGACUUCUGGCCGAGGGCAGGUAUGGACCCCGGUGACAAAUCGACCUGGGUGCCAGAGUACAUCAAGCUUCCUCGACAUCGUGAGGCGCGGUGCGAAGAGUUUUGCCCCGAGGCGUGGCCAAAAAUCCUCGAUAUCGUCGGUGGUGAGGACAAGAUUGACCCAGUCAGGGAGAGGUGGUUUGGGGACCAGUUCAUCGUGAACUUUGGCUACGCAAAGCAGCUAUAUGAGGCUCCCGAGGGAAUUGAUCCCCCGCUGGAGCACCUAUAUACCCAUCUCGGAAAGUGCGAGAAGCUCAGCACGGUAGUGGCCAACAAGGGGGAUCUCAUCAUCACCCACUCGCUUCUACCACACACGUAUACGCCCAACCACUGUCAUUUCCCUCGAAUCAUCACCAAUCCCCACGUCAACCUGGUUGAGCCUUGGGACCUCAAUCGCCCAGACCGGAACUACACUCUCUGCGAGCAAGUCAUCCUCCGCGCCCUCGGGCGAGAAUCCAUACCGGAAUACAAGCCAACACGCGAGCGAUUGGCUUAUUAUCCCCGGACAGCCUUCUUCAAGCGCGAGCGUGUCAAGGGGGAGUUGGAGCGCAUGAUCGCCGCGGCCGAGGCCAAGGGAGGGUCCAAGGCGGACGUCGACUCGGUAUACCUGAGAGGGGAGGAGGCCAUCAAGGAGCACGAGCGGAGGAACGGGUACGACAAGGAAUUUGGGCCGAAUGGGGUGUUGUCCAAGUACGACGUUGAUGGGAAGGCUCGGGCUCCUGUUACCAUCACCAAGCAGCAGGUAGUGUGA